AUGGGCGACCCUGAGUGUAUGCGCCCCAUGGGUGCUGCAUGGAGAUUGAACCGACGCGAAUAUUUGACGCAAGAUAAGGAGAAGUGCAGCAUCCAAGUGAUAGAAAAGCCUACAACCACACCGCAGCCAUUACUCCAACGUAAAAUGGAAUGUGUUUAUGCGAGUCACCCACACAAGUACCGUGCACCACUGAAGUGUUCCAGAGAGAAGUUGUCACCAGUACAGCUGAAUUCCUUAACCCUUGGGCCUGGUUUCUGUUUUGCAUAG